AUGGCACACGACGGGAGUAGACUUAUUAUCCGGUCAUUCCGAGCCACCCACGUUCUUGCUUUUCUUUUUGUCUUUAGCCUUCUUUACUUUGUUGUCGAGAGUGGGUUUCUGGCUUGGAUUGUACAAAAUGCGUUAAGUAUUUCAGGGCAAGACAUCGAGGAACAGAUGUUAGACAAGUACAAGCUAACAGCACAUAGACAUAUCCAGUGGUUAGCAGACAGUACUGGACGAAAUACAAAUGCGGUAAAUGAUAGCUUUGUCAACAGUGAAGGAAGGGCUUGCCGUAAUACAAUACAAGGAAGGACUUCUGUUACUGAUGACAGAGGUUAUACAUGUGAAAGAGCUUUCCUGAUGUCGAAUGGUUGCUGUGAAGUAGGUACUCAAUCGGUACGUUUUAGCUGUGUUUGGUGUGAUCUUUAUACUGGUUGUUGCUCUCACUACGAACAGUGCGUUUCUUGUUGUUUGAAACCGGAGCAGAAAAAUAUACUGCUAAAAAUGAUAGAGUCAACAUCUGGGCAUCGAUUACGUCAAAUACUUUCGGCGACGGACCAGUUCGAGCUUUGCAUGUUGAAAUGUCGCACUUCUUCAAAUAGUGUACAUUCGGAAAACAAAUACAAAAGCGAAAAGAUGAAAUACUGUUACAAGCAGGAACCGAAUCGUCCUUUUUCACGAUAA